CCAUCUUCUCAGCUUCUACCUGUUUACCAGGUGAGUGAAGCAGCUUCUCUCCAUCCUGUCCUACAUGAGGUCAGCUGUACUGUCGGCUAACACAGCUAAUUAUAACGAUUACUACGUCAUAUAAACGACACAAACUACGUUUAGCGGGUUAGCUUAGCAUUAGUCUCUCUCUUUGUACAAGCUAACUCGUUUUUGUCAGACAGUAAGCUAGCAGCGAUGGCGGGAAAAUGUUCAGGAAGGAGAAGACGGUAAAAUGAACAAAAUGGCGUCAGAGCAGCGGGACGGUUCAGGUCUCUGUAUGAAGCUCUUUCACCACCUCCAUGAUGGAGGAGACCGCUGACGAGGUUGGAUCACAGUAUGACAGCGGUUAGAGAUGACAGCUUCACUCUGUUCUUCUGGACGUCACAGCUGCUCCGUGAAGUCUGGAGGCUGAAACAGAAACAGAGGUCAAACAGACGGAUGAGAUGAAGAAGAUGAUGAAGAGUCAGACCAGCAGACCAGCAGAGAUGGUCUCGUCCAAUCAGAGGGCUACACGGCUCGCUGCCGGCCUCCUGAGUCGUGGUGAAGGACUCCUGGUUCCACCCAGAUGCUCUGAGGAGGACGGAUAAGAGGAGGAAGAGGAGGUGGAGGGAUGAAGGUGAAUUGUUCUGCUGGUCCUGCUCACGGUGACUCAGCAGCUCUGCAGGUUUAUAAAGAGGCAGCGAUGGUGAGUGUGUCUCCACAGAGACGAUGAUGGCCUGGCUGCUCCACAUCACCUGCAUCCUGGUCUGCUGCCCACAGCUGCUGCAGGGCAAAGCUUCAGAGUACCAGCUGGAGUCGGAGAGCCUGAGCCAAUGUGAGUUGCUAAGAGGCGUGGCUGUUGCCAAGCAACAGGGAGACACCCCUCACUGUAUGGAGGAUGGCAGGUUCAGACCUGUCCAGUGCAGUGGGCGGGGUCAGGAGUGUUGGUGUGUUGAUGCUGAAGGUCGGGAGGUCGUUGGGACUCGAAGCAACGGUUCCGCUCCUCACUGUGCGUCUCCCUGCCAGCUGCAGUCUGUCCUGCAGUGUUCUCCUUCAGGCCUCUUUGAGUCAGUUCAGUGUGACUCCAGCAGGGGGCAGUGUUGGUGUGUGGACCAGGAGGGCAUGGAGCUCUACGGUACCAGACAGACCGGGACGCCUCCGCGCUGUCCGGGCAGCUGUGAGGUGAGGUCAAGGCGUCUCCUCCAUAGCUCCGCCUCUCACUCUCCUCCUCAGUGUGAUGAAGACGGCAACUUCCUCCCCGUUCAGUGUCGAUUCAUCAACAUGACGGACAGAAGAGAGCUGGACCUGCUGCACGCCUUCAACAGGUUCCCAGAAGCCUUUGAGACGUUCAGCAGCUUCAGGGAGUUUUUCCCAAUGGUUUCCUCGUACUGCUUCUGUUCAGACAGCCGAGGCCGAGAGCUGGAGAACACAGGUGUGGAACUCCUCCUGUCGGAGGUGUACGACUCGGCGUUCUCUGGUCUUCGCUCCGGUCGCUCCGUCUCUCAGACAAACAUCUACAGAGUCCUGCAGAGGAGGAUGCUGGGAGUCCGCCUCGCCCUCACCGGACACUUCAGAUGUCCGUCUCCCUGUGAGGAGGAGCGACGGGCAGCGAUGGAGGCGUCGUCUGUCUUCGUCCCGUCCUGUGAGAGCAGAGGAUCCUUCACCUCCAGACAGUGUCAGCAGGGGGGGCAGUGCUGGUGUGUCGACCCCACAGGGAGCGAGCUUCCUGGGACACGACAGCACGGAGACUCCCUGGUCUGCAGUUCAGGUCUUGACUGUCUCUCUCAGCGUCGUCUGGCUCUGUCCCGGCUCUUCUCUGGUCCUGUUGAUCCUCCUUUCCGGGCCUCCUCUGGUGAAUCUCUGGCCUCCUGCCUCCCUCUCCUCAGGCCCCUCAGGGAGUUCUUGCCGGUGGAGGCAGAUCCAACCUCUCUCCUGUCUCACCUGGUCGAAGUCCUCCAGGGUCUCUUCCCCUCAGUGGGAGGAGCUCUUGAGGCUCUGGCUCGCUCAUCCUCUCCUCGCCUUCAGGAAAACCUGUUUGGAGGGAAGUUCCUGAAGAACGCCGCCUCCUUUAACUUCAGUGGGGCGGUGGGAACUCAAGGAGCUCUUGGUGUGGACCGGCUCUCCUCUCAGAGCGUCAGCCUGCAGAAGAACCAGGAUCUGGUCCAGUCUGUCAGCAGAGCUCUGGAGGACCCGGCCUUCCUGUCUGCCCUCCAACACACACUGAGGGGACUGAGCAGCUCUCAGUCUCUGGACCAGGUUUUGACUCCUCUGCUGCGAUCCUGCUCCGGAGACCAGGAUGACAACGCGGCAGCCGUCUUUGUCCCGCGCUGCACGCCCAGCGGUGGUUUCCAGGAGGUUCAGUGUCGGGGCGAAGAGUGCUGGUGUGUCGAUCCUCGAGGUCAAGAGGUGUCGGGGUCUCGUAUCGCCGGUCGUCGGCCUCAGUGUCCGUCCAGCUGUGAGAGACAGCGAGCGAUGGCUCUGAAAGUGAAGGGAAACAUGGCGGCUGGCGCUGAAAUCCACAUCCCAGCAUGCUCUGAGGACGGAGACUUCCUGCCGCUGCAGUGUGUCGGAGCACGCUGCUUCUGUGUGGACGCUGAGGGGAAAACAAUGACUGCUGGGUCAGCAGGGGGCGCUGUCACCUGUCCAGAGAGAAUGACUCAGAAGCUUCAGUCCUCUGCAGGUCGGUGCUCGGAGGCGUUGGCCGAGGUCACAGCGUUCAGACGGGAAGUGAAGAGCGUCAUUGCUCUCUCUAACUCCACCCACCUUCCUCUGGGAUAUGGAUUCCUACUGGCUGAAGGUCUGCGUCUCACCCCAGAGGAGCUCCAGAUCAGCCAAUCAGAGGAGGAGCUGCAGAUCUCUGAUAGGCUGCUGAGCCGCUCCAAAGCUGCUCUGCGAUUGGCCGCUUUCUCCACUGUCCAGAUGUUUCUGCCUCCUCAGCGUCGUUCAUACGAGCCGUUCACUCCACAGUGUGACGCUGACGGACACUGGCUGCACACACAGUGUUACCACAGCACAGGUCAGUGUUGGUGUGUUGAUGAAGACGGAGAGUACAUCCCUGACUCACUGACCAGCCGCUCACUGCAGCUGCCCAAAUGUCUGACUCGUUGUCAGAGAGCUCAGGCUCACUCGCUGCUCUCUGGUUGGAUGAAAGGAUCUGACCUCACCACCGCUUCACCUUACAAACCACAGUGUGAGGAGGACGGUCGUUUCUCGGUGCUGCAGACAGGCGGCGCUGCAGGCUGGUGUGUGAACCCUCUGACUGGAGAGACGAUACAGGCGGCGACACAGAACCCUGCAGGCCAGCUGACAUGUCCCAGCUGGUGUCAGCUGCAGGGUUCCCAGUGCCGCCCCGAUGGCUCCUUCCUCCCACUGCAGUGUGAUGUCACUUCCUGUUGGUGCGUCUCUGAUGAUGGGCAGGAAGUGGGCGGGACCCGAGCGCCUCGACAGACAGGACAGACACCAUCAUGUGACCGUCCUCUGUGUCCCACCUCCGCCGUUACCCAUGGUGCACUGGUGUGCCACCCAGCAGCUAAUGGUCGUCAGAGCUGCGAUCUCAUCUGUCACCAUGGUUACCAGAACUCACUUCCUUUCAGGAGCUUCCUGUGUGAGACUGAGAGUCAGCGAUGGGUCGGCGACAGCAGACUGCUGAGUGGAGCCUGUCAGAUCUCUCAGCCUCUGCAGUCGCUGUCGUCCUCUCAACUCUGGUCGUUGUCGUCAUCCUGCUCUCAGAUUAGCAGUUUACAGUCUCUGUUGUUCAGCACGAUGACCAGCAGGGGGCUCUGCUCUGCACAGCUUCCGUCAUCAGGUCGCUCGGUGUCGCUGUGUGACGGCUCGUCAGUUCGUCUGCAGUGUGUCGGCGACAACAUGCUGCAGUUAACGGUCACACUGACCGCUCACCUGUCUGACCUCCCGAUCUCUGACCUCCCCGACCUGCAUGACGUUGGUCUGUUUCUGAAUGAGUCCAGACUUCUUGGGGGAGUUCGGGGACUUCUGGGAAAUGUCCGCUCCAUGCUUACAUCAGAACCAGACCUAGUUUCCGUGACAACACCCAGCUUUGGGUGUUCCCGUGGUUACCACCUGAACAGUGAGAGUGACGGCUGUGUUGUUUGUCCCGCUGGAAGUUUCUCCAGGGAGGGGGCGUGUCUUCUGUGUCCUCAGGGAACCUAUCAGGAUGAAGAGGGGCGGGACUUCUGCAACCAGUGUCCCAGAGGCUCCUCACCUGCUGGGGCGUCAUCUGUCAAUCAAUGUGUGACAAGGUGUCAGAGGCGGGGCCUACGCUGUUCAGAGCAAGGUGACUUCCUGCCUGCGCAGCCUGACUUCCUGUCUGGCAUGUGGAGGUGUGUCACCAGUGAGGGGGAGGAGCUUGACUGGACCAACAGUGACAAGCCUCUGACUGAUGAGGAGUGCUCAGUUCUUGGCAGGUUUCAGGCUGUUCCUGGAUCAGAUGUGAUCGUCGCUGCUGAAGACACUGAAGUCCUGAAAACGAUGAGCUCCGACCUCACAGGCUGUGUCCGAGCGUGUGCAGCAGAGCCGACAUGCCACCACGUGGCGCUGUUCAACAGACAGACUCAGUGUGAACUGUACAGCACACACACACUGAACACACGCUGCAACGCCUCGCAGCAGACCAGUGGGUUUCUGGGUAAUCCUCAGGCCGAGCUCUAUGAUUCGCUGAGCUGCACUCUGAGAGUAAGGGGCGGAGCUUCAGAUCUACUUGUUAUCAGGAAGAAAGGGGCGGAGUUUUCCUCACGGCAGCAGCAGAGUUUUGAGAGGAUGACGAUGUUGAAGGCGGUGUCGGGUGUGUUCAGGACUCAGGUGUUCUCCUCCACACGGACCUCCCUCUCUGACGCUCAUCGUUUCUGUCAGGACGGCUGCAGCCGCGACGCCUGCUGCGAUGGAUUCAUCCUCAACCAGAACAGCCUGAACGGAGGUUCUCUGCUCUGUGGUUGGCUGAGAGCUCCGUCAGUCUUGAUGUGUGGUGACCAGGACUGGGAUGUGACUGGACAGGGAACAGCCAAUCGUAUCUGCGGGGCGGGGCUAACCUACAACGAGCAACAAAAGAGCUUUGUGUUCAACUUCGGAGGACAAAAGUUCACCAUCACUGAUGCUGCCCUGCCAGCUGACAGCAAGAACAAGAAGGACUACCAGGCCUCCAUCAUCAGCUUCCAAGCCAUCUACCUGAACACAGAUGCUGAGUCAGCAGCUGAUGGUUCUGCUCCGUCUUCCUGUGCAGCAGCAGAACUCGGUCCUCCUCUGGACGUGUCAGUGCAGCAGCAGUUUGAGUCUCUGUCUGAAGACGACGUCCUCGUGGAUCCUCAGAGGAAACUCCUCUCUCUUUCCUUCUGGCUCAACAAGAAGAACUACAACUCCCAGCAGGCACUGCUCUGGUGUCUCUCACGCUGUGACGAGGAGCCGCUCUGUUCUGUCGCUGACCUCAGAGACGCUGACUCAGCAGGUUUCUUCAGCUGCUCGCUGUUUCCCGACACCAGAGUUUGUGGAGGGUACGACAAACCUCUGAGACGACCCUGUCGCCCCCUGCUGGACAGAACACCCAACAACACCCACAGCAAGAAGGUGAGUCUGUCCGGACCAGUCAAGAGUUUCUACGAGAGAGUUUCCUUCCAGAAGAUGGUUUCUUACUCUGUACGCAGCCGAGUCAGUCUGGGAGAAAACACAGCGCUGUCUGAGGGGUUCAUGGAGUGUGAGCGGCGCUGUGAUGAGGAUCCUUGUUGCCGUGGUAUCGGCUUCGUCCGAGACACCAAAUCAGCAGGCGGGUCAGACGUGGUGUGUCUGUCUCUGAUCAGUCUCGGGGUUCAGACCUGCAGUGAAGAUGACCUGACGUCCUGGAGGACUCAGGACUGCAGCCCGUCUGUGGUGAAGACCACACCUGAACCCUUCGGCUGGUACCAGAAACCUGUGAAUCAGUGGAGUUCUUCUCCGGCUCUGUGUCCUCCGUUCAGCCUGCCGACCACAAACAAUGUGUCUCUGGAUCAGUGGACGCUUCUCUCUAAUUCGUCAGUUCUCGUCGACCCUUCUGUCUCCAUGUAUGAUGUCAUCCACCUGAGUCGUGACAUCACCUCUGACCGUGAUAAGACCAGAGACUGGUGUCUCCACGCCUGUCAGGAGGCGGAGUCUUGUGUUACUGUGUCACUCAGUGAGGCCGAGUCCGCCACUCGCUGCAUCCUCUACCCCGACACCACAGCCUGCGGGUUAAGCUCCACCCCCAGCUCAUCCAGCCCCACCUCCUCCUGCAGACUGGUCAUCAGAGAGCCCGCCCCCCAGGUGUACAUGAGGACAGAGCGGUUGCCACCGGUUACAUCCAUCUCUGUCCCGGGACAUGGGAUGCUUCAGGGCGUUGCCAUGGAAACAGCCCUUGGCUCAGACAGGAAGACAGUGGUUCAGUUCCUGGGAGUCCCGUAUGCCCGACCUCCAAUAGGAUCGCUCCGCUUUGAAGCAGCUCAGCCAGCUGAUUGGACAGAAACCUGGGACGCCACCAAACCGCGUCCCAGCUGUAUCCAGCCCGGUGACGAGGAGUCUGCAGCUUCCAGUGAGGACUGUCUCUACCUCAACAUCUUCACUCCUGCUGCGCUGACGGGGCGUGUCCCAGUCCUGGUUUUCUUCUUCAAUCCUUCAGCCAAUCAGAACCCAGGCCUGUUGGAUGGCUCCACCCUCGCUGCUGCGGGUCACAUCGUCGUUGUUACAGCCAGCUACAGAACGGCGGCGCUGGGAUUCCUGAGCACAGGCUCGCCUGGUCUUCAUGGUAACUACGGUCUGUCGGACCAGGAGGCGGUGCUUCGUUGGGUUAACGCCCACAUCUCUCUGGUGGGCGGAGACAACAAUAGAGUGACGGUCGGGGCGGAGCGACGUGGUGCUGACAUCACCAGCCUUCAUCUCUCGUCCUCCUCCUCUCCUCUGUUCCAGCGGAUGAUGCUGAUGGGCGGUUCUGUCUUCUCUCCAUCGCUGCUUCAGACUCCCUCCAUCUCCAGACAGCAGGCGGUCGAUCUGGCCAGAGAGCUCGGCUGUGACCUCGCCGACGUUGACAAGAUGGCCGCCUGCCUCAGAGCAACAUCCGUUCACACACUCAACGCUGCUCAGACGAAGCUGCUGGCCGUCAGCGGUCCGUUUCAGUCCUGGUCUCCGGUCCGUCAGUCCGAGUCGCAGUCCUUCCACAGAGUCGACCUGCUGCUGGGAACUUCUGAACACGACGGCCUGAUCGACCGAGCUCGCAGGAUAAAGGACUUUGAGGCGCUGCAGGGUCGAGCAGACGGUAAGACGGCGUUUUACGAGGCUCUGAGUCGCUCGCUGGGAGGAGCGACAGGAAGUGACGUGCUGAAGGAGGCGGCGGCCUGGUUCUACUCUCUGGAUCACAGCCCGUCAGCUGCUGGAUACAACCUGUUCUCCAGAGCGCUCAACAACGCCACCAGAGAUCUGUUCAUCAUCUGUCCCAGUCUGCAGAUGGUUAGCCACUGGGCUAACAGCAAAGCUAACGUCUUCCUGUACCACCAGCCGGCCUCCAGCGCUCACGACAGGGCUGACGUGUCUGUUCCUCUGGACGUUCAGUUUGUGUUUGGGACUCCUCAUCGCCCAAUGAGCUCUCAGCGUUUCACCUCCUCUGAUCGACGCCUCUCUCUGGCCGUGAUGACCUACGUCUCCAGCUUCAUCCGGACCGGGGACCCGAACCCAUCUCGUAUGUGGGCGGAGUCAGUUCUUCCCCGUUGGCAGCAGGUCCAGUCCUCUGACGCCCCGCCCACCUACCUGGAGCUAAGCCCCGCCCUGCGACAUCGUCAGGGUCUGAGUCAGAACUCCUGCUCCUUCUGGAACGAACUGGGCGUAAAACUGACUGGGCUGAGAGGUGAGUCGGGGGCGGAGCCUGUCCAGCCUGCAUUGACCCCUGUUCUCCCAGUGGCUGCACCAUCCAGCCAAUCACAGACUGAGAAAGACGCCUACAGCUGAACUAAUGACAUCAGUUUUCUUCCUUCAGAUUCACUUUGAUGUUCUGUAUGAUAAUCAAUAAAAAGCAUUCAAACUCUC